AAGAGUAAUUACCCAAAACUCAGUGUCUCUCAGACUUAUUUAAGGAAUCUCGAUCAGAUCAUUUUUUAUUAAUUUUAAAUGUUAUGGCACUCGUAAUAGAAAUGAAGACUUUCCUCUUUGUAUGUUUCGCGCUGAAGAUUUUAUUACAAGAUAAAUGUUUCGGUGAUGAACAUGAAGCCCGAUUAAUGCGCCAAUUGAUGUCAAAUUAUGAUCCGGCCGUUCGACCGGUGAAAAAUUCAUCUUUACCUUUAUCUGUGAUAUUUGGAAUUUCUUUGCAUCACAUCAUUGACGUGGAUGAAAAGAAUCAAAUUUUGACAACAAACUGUUGGAUAACGCAAAUUUGGAUCGAUCAUCAUUUAAAAUGGAACGCUUCUGACUUUUCAGGAAUAAAAGUGAUACGAAUACCAUACAAUCGGGUAUGGAGGCCUGAUUUAAUACUUUACAAUAAUGCCGAUCCACAGUUUCAAGCAUCCGUAAUAAAUACCAAUGUAAUAGUAUCAAAUUCUGGAGAGGUGGUAUGGCUAAGCCAUGGGAUCUACCGCUCGUCUUGUGAUAUUAACGUAGAAUACUUUCCAUUCGAUUUGCAAAAUUGUCAUAUGAAAUGGGCUUCGUGGACAUACGAUGGAUACCAGAUAGAACUAAUGAAGCAAAGUGAAGAAGGAGACGUAAGUAAUUAUCAAGCGAAUGGGGAAUUUGAUUUGUUGAGCUUUUCUGCAAUAAAACACGUGGAAUAUUAUUCGUGCUGUCCUGAACCAUAUCCAGACAUCACCUACACGAUCAAGCUAAAAAGGCGUCCACUUUUUUACGUAUUCAACCUCAUCCUUCCGUGCAUCUUAAUUAACGGAAUAGCACUGCUGGUCUUUUACGUUCCUUCCGAAUCGGGAGAGAAAGUGACCCUUGGAAUAAGUGCAUUACUAUCGAUGACCGUUUUUCUUAUGACAAUAAGAGAAACUCUGCCGCCUACGGAGAAAACACCUUUGAUAAGUUUAUAUUACGGGGUGAGCAUCUGUCUAGUCUCCUUCGCUUCCGGCUUAUCGGUGGUGACUUUGAAUAUAUACCACAGAGGAGUCAGAGGUGCAGCAGUCCCAAAAAUUAUUCGAAAAGUUGUUUUGGAGCGAUUAUCGCACAUUGUAUUUAUGAGAUUAGAAACCAACAAUGCCCGCCAUAGAAAUUCCCAAAUGCAGGAAGUUAAUCCACAAACCGGAAAUCGACUAGACUGCCAGUGGUCAUGGACCGACAAGGGCUCACAAAAGGAUGAUUGCUGCUUUCAACAGAGAUCCCCAAGAUUUUUAACAAGAGAUAGAGUGGAUCAUAUAGAUUACUUCGAAAACCAAAUCAUACGAAUUUUACAUAAGGUCCAUGCGAGUAUUGAUCGUAACGAGCAAAGACUUGCCGAACAAGAUAGAAGAGAACUAACAGAGAUGGAAUGGAAACAAGCAUCACUUGUACUAGAUAGAUUACUACUAGCCGUGUUUUUUCUUAUUACUAUUAUAACUACAACUACGAUUUUGUGCGGAGGUCCACCGCGCGAUGAUCUCACCCAAUGAGUUGAAUGAUUAAGGAAUGAGUGUUUUAGUGAUCUGAAAAAAUACGUAGUAAGGAUAGUGUUUUAGACAAUACACGUGUAACCGGUACCGGGGUGCGUCGGGGUACCUUAAUGUUGGGUAGAACCAGAGUAGAACGUACAAAGUUUUAUCUGAAACCGGCUACCUACUUCAGGCUAUUCAGAUAUCUCAAAAAUAUGAAAAAGAUUUCUGAAGCGAUAUUCUUAAAGUACCUAAGCCAAUUUUUAUCUCACAAAAAAAAUAGAAUCUCGAUAAAUAUAAAUAAAGUGAAGUAAUUACUUAUGUAUGUUAUAUACAGGGUGAGUUUUUUAUGAAUAGGUAGUAGUCGAUUUCGGAAAGUACAAGGUGAUGCAAAUUCGGUUAAAUGGGGAAGAUUUGCAGUUUUAUAUACGUUACGCCAGGGCCGUAUUACCCAUUAGGCACACUAGGCAGGUGCCUAGGACCCGGGAAGGAUGGGGGCCCGGAAAAAUUAAGGACACGUAACGUAACGUGUGAGAUUUUAAAGUACACAACACAACAAUUUUACACUAUACAGGGUCAUUCUUGACGAGCGUCAGUUAGAAAGAUAUGGGAAACCUUUGAAAAUUAAGCUGAACUGAUAAGUCCUUUAAAGGUUUUGGCACAUGAUGAAUUGAACUAAAAUAUUUUCAAAAUGGCGCCACUUCAAUAUUUAGAAGGAGCUACGAACGGUUUAACGUAUAUGCGAAAAAGUACACAACUGUGCUGGAACACGAGUUAUUAUAAUUUAUGAAAAGGGGCCCGAAAAUUUCAUUGUGCCUAGGGCCCGGACAAACCUUAAUUCGGCCCUGCGUUACGCCAUUUGUUUUUCCAACAUAUUCAUGGUUUGCUAGAUAUUAUUACUUUUUUCAAAAUAUCUAGCAGUAAGGCACAUGAACUGCAAAUCUUUCCCAAUUUAGCCUAUUUCGUGUAUUUUAUACAUUCCGAAAUCCCCCAUAUACUAUUCAUGAAAAAUUCUAGAUUUAGUACGAAUUUAGCGUAAAGUUCCUGGUCUACGUCUUACCAUUGAAUAAAAACAAUUUUAAUCAAUGGUGCAACUAAUACAAGGUGAGGCACAAUAACGAGGAAUUUUGUAAAGGGCUGUAAAACCAGAACAAACAACAAAACAAUUCGCUCGUUAUUGUCCUCGUCCAGUUAGGUAAUAUUAAUAUUCGCAAACAAAAGGGUGAACUUUGUAUUUUUAGUAUGUUAUUAUUAGAUAUUAUCAUUAUUAUUAGAAAUGGACCAACUAUAAGCAAAAGUAUAAUGUAUGUGUUAGUAGAUUUUAGU